AUGCAAAGGAAUUGGCUAAUUUUACCGCUUAUAUUUCCCUUGCUUGCUCUCUCAUCCUUCUUUUUUUUCUUCUUCUUCAUAUUUCUCAAUGUUCAUCUCAAAUUCCCAUUCAUUUCAUCUCCAUCCAACAAUCUCACCAUUAUUCAUCAAACCAACCAAUCCCACUUCAGCCUCCUAAUCGGGAUCCUAACCCGACCCGACAACUACGACCGCCGUCACUUCCUCCGCCUCGUCUACGGCAUCCAAUCCUCUUCCUCAGCCACAAUCCACGUCAAGUUCAUCUUCUGCAACCUAAACAAACCCCAACACCGCAUCUUCAUCGGCCUAGAAAUCCUGCGUUUCAACGACAUUAUCAUCCUCAACUGCACCGAGAAUAUGAACGGCGGCAAAACCUACACUUACUUCUCUUCACUCCCAACAAUCCUCGCAGCCAAAUACGAUUACGUUAUGAAAGCCGACGACGACGUUUUUAUCAGGCUCGAACCCUUGGCCUUAUCUCUCAGGAUGUUGCCGAGGUUUGAUUUGUAUUAUGGAUUCGUAAUCCCAUGCAGUAGUCAAAACCCUUUUGUGGAAUACAUGUCGGGCAUGGGGUUUUUGGUGUCUUGGGACAUUGUUGAGUGGAUUUCGAGGUCGGAGAUUCCAAAGACGAGGCUGUUUGGUCCCGAGGAUAAGAUGGUCGGAGAGUGGUUGAAGAUUGGUAGGAAAGCGAAGAAUAGGUAUACUGAGAAGCCGGGCAUGUAUGACUAUCCCGGAACGAAUGGCAAGUGUUCUCAUGAGCUCAUUAAAGAAACCGUGGCUGUUCAUAGGCUUAAGAGGUGGGACCAAUGGUUGCAUGUGCUUGAUUUUUUCAAUGUGACUAGAGAAUUAAAAGCAUUCUAAAAUCUUCCAUGUUUAAUUAGAUGUAAUUUGGUAUC